GCCAUUGUGGGGGGGGGAGGGCAAGCCAACCCAGCCCCGCAAAUGGUUCCUCCCUCCCUCCGAGCGCGGUGCAUGCUGGGCGAGGGGGCGCCGGCCACCGCUCUGGCUCCGCGCGACUUUCGAGCUCCCCGGCGGCGCGCAGGAUGGCUGAGCGGCCGGAGGACCUGAACCUGCCCAACGCGGUCGUCACGCGGAUCAUCAAGGAGGCGCUCCCGGACGGCGUGAACGUCUCCAAAGAAGCGCGCAGCGCCAUCUCCCGCGCCGCCAGCGUCUUCGUGCUGUACGCCACCUCGUGCGCCAACAACUUCGCAAGGAAGGGGAAGAGGAAGACGCUGAAUGCCGGAGAUGUUAUUUCUGCUAUGGAAGAAAUGGAAUUCCAGCGAUUUGUGGGACCGCUAAGGGAAUCCUUAGAAGUUUACAGGAAUGAGCAGAAGGGCAAAAGGGGAACAUCAGAGCUCAAGAAAAAAGACAGAGAGAAGAAGGAAGAUGCUGAAGACCCUGACAAGCAUCGAGAAGAAGAAAAUGAGGAGGGAGAGAGGAUGGAGGAGGAAGAGGAGGAGGAAACGCAGCAGCAAAAUGAGGUGGAGGAGGAGGAGGAGGAAGAGCAGCGGCAAAAUGAAGAGGAAGAAAGGGAGAGCUGAGUUGUGGGGGGGGGAGGGGGCGGCAGUGAAGGGAGAAAGCCAAUGGAAGGAAACACAACUGUCUUCUUGUAUGCUGAAAAUGGGUCAGCUGGUUCUGGGGGUACCUCAGGGACACUCCUGCCUGCCUCCCCUCACCAGGUGGAAGGAACGACUGGCAUGCAGAGGCUCUGGGGGAGAGGAGCGCUGCUUAUCUCUCCUUGCGCUGCUGGUGAUGCUGAUUUUGGCUUAAAGAGAGUCGGAUUUUCUCCACACCCUCAAUGUGUAUUUCUUCAGCAUUUAGUUGAAUGGGGUUUAAUUAAAAGUCAUAUUUGCAGAA